UACUUGAAAGUAAUCAGUUACUCAUCGAAAUACCAGAAAAAUAUACUGAGGGGAAUCUACCCCAACAAAUCACUCAACCUCUCAGAUGUAACAUAUGGGGUUACACUGAGAAAAACUGUAGAACUAAGAUGUCUUCUGAUAUAAAUAAUGGGAUUGAGUUGGAUGAAAUGACCAGAAGUCUUGCAGACUUCUUUGGCAUGGUUCAUUUCACUAGCAAGCCCUCUCAAGAGUAUGCUGACAACAUGAUGGUUCACCAGACACUUGUUACAGCCAUGAAGAAUGAUGUUGAAGAAAAUGCUGAACCUAUAUCUAUAGAUCAUUUUAGAGAGUUUAUUGAUAUAUCAAGACACACACAAGUGUUUCUCGGAAAGCAGGCUGAGAAAUUGAUCAGAGGGUACUAUGUGAGUAGUAGGAGAGUCCGCGCAGCAAGUGUACAUGAUACAGCAUUCCCUGUAUCUGCGGUCCAAACUAUUACAUCUAUGGCAGUUGCACAUGCAAAACUGAGUAUGAGGAAGGAGGCAAAAGCAGAAGAUGCAGUGUUGGCUAUUUAUCUAUAUGAGGAAUAUAUUACUUCACGUUAUGGCUAUUCUGUACUGAAUGUUGAUCCAUGUCCCCACAUCAGAGACAACAAUCUAGAUUCCUACAUAGGACAUAAGCAUAACCAGCACAUGCAGCAGUUUUAUGUGCACUUAGUGAGGUUCUGUUCUAUUCAUGCCGGGGAGGGAGAAUUCACAUUCCAUGAAGAAUAGUUCAGGCAUACAUGUACCUGUUUCACAGAGGGUCUACAAUCCUUCAACAGCUCUUCUGAUACCAAACCACUCACUAUUGCAACAGUGUCUUCAUGACGGAGCACCAGCUUGAUAAUUGCAGACAGAAUAUAAACAACAGUGUCUUCCUGGUUGGUGGGAAGAACAUGCCUCCAGAGAAGUCCAAUGAGAGAAGAGACUUUUAUAGUAUUGUUAAUACCACUGUAUUCCCCAAGUACCUGAGAGGAAUAACAGAUUAUAAAGCUUUACAAUAAGGUGCUAUAAGGAAUGUCAAUAUGUCAUCUGACAAGACAAUGACAGAGGGGUAAAUGCCCACUUUUGUGAGACUAAAAAUUGAAAUUGAAUUGAAGGGGAGGAUUAUAUUCUGUCCCAUUAAUUUCACUGAAGAACAUUGAUUUUGACAUCGUCUCAAAAGCAUGACUGGUGUUAUUAAAGAACAAAGACUCAAAACUAGCAUUAAAUUGUGUGUCAUAAGAGAACAGCCUAAGAGAAAUAACAAAGGCAAAAUUUGACAUCCUUAUGACAUAUGUAAAAUUCACAUAUUCUAUGUUAUACUGCAACCUGGUAAAUUAUAUUAAAAGUUUGCUCAGGGCCAUUUCAUUUUUUGGGGGAUUUUUAAAGAUUACUAUAUAUUUAUGUAAAAAACAUUCAUAUUUACACUUUUUCAUUAUCAUUAGCUUGAUGAAUAAAGAAAACAACAGUGAAAUUAACCAAGCUAACAGUUACUUAGUAAGUUGAGAGAAACGGUUGUAUCCUAAAAAUGUAACAUAAUUUUUUUUCUAUGUCACAAAAUAUCAAUUUCACGCUUAAAUAUUAAUUCUACAAUUUACAAUUUAAUCUGUAUUUGAACAAAUUAUUAAAUUAUUAGUAAUGUUAUAUAAUACUCGAG